AUGUCAUCCGACUACGGAUCGGACAUUGACUCCGACGUCGCAGAUGCCGUCGAUGAGAUUGUUUCGUCGCAGCAAGCUCCCCCUUCCUCCGCGCAAGUCCCACGACCUGCGCUAAAGCCACUGAACACAACAAACACAUCUCUCACACCACCAUCAUCCCAUGAUAAAUCCGAUGGAAUCACCCUUCAGCAAUGGCACCAAGCUGCCUCAACGCCGCCGCCCUCGGCCUCAUCAUCAGAUGCCGAACCGUACCGCCUGACGUUUGGCAAACAUGAGGGCAAGACGCUUGCGGAGAUACCAACGUCUUAUGUUACGUGGUUGAUUAGGAAUCCGAUUUCGAGUAGGCCGAUGGAGUUAAUAUAUGCGUUGGAAGAGUGGCAGGAGGAGAAGAAGAAUGGGAGGAAGGCGGCAUCGCAAGCGUCGCAGUCGCAGUCGCAAGCAUCGCAGACGCAGGCAUCGCAGGUGUCGAUGUCGUCGCAACCGCAAGCGACAUCUUCGAAGAUGCCGCUCUCUCCACCGCCCUCUCAAGCGUACCAGGCCCCUCCUCCAUCGUCACAAUCUGUGCUAUCGAGCACGCAUGUCUCGAAAUAUACAAAUCCUCCUUCGCCAUCUCGUUCGCCCUCACCACCACCUAGCACACAACAAUCACAUCCUCCAUCGUCACAGGUCAUGCCACCACAGCUUGCGCCGUCGCAAAAUUAUCCUCCUCCCUCUUCACAGCCCACGGCACCUCAAGAACCGCAUGGUGCACCUCUAUACGUCCUUCCAUUCGGCGAAUAUAAAGGCAAGACUCUGCUCGAGGUACCAGAGGACUAUCUCUACUAUCUUGGUGCGAGCGAAGACAAGUUGGCUACUUUGCCUGGUCUGGCUAACGCGCUCGGCAUGAUGCAGAAGGGUCUACCACCUGUCGUUACGGAACCCAUGGCGCCGAGCAAGUCGUCAUCGCAGACUCUACCACCGCCAUCAUCUACACCUGGCCCGUAUAUGGACUCUGCACCGCCUGCAUCCAGUCAAGUUUCUGUGGCCAAUCAACAGGCGCCGCCACCACCUUCGACUGCGCCUAGCCAUUAUUCCCUCUGCAAGGACGACGUCCCGAGUAGUUCGCAACCUCUCGCACCGCAGCUCUCUGCCUCGCAACCGACCCCACAACCCUCCUCAUCACAACCUCCACCCCGUCGCGAACCAUACCGCUUCGACUUUGGCAAGUACACCGGGAAAACCAUCGCCGAAGUCCCUCCCGACUACAUGGCCUACCUCGACAAAGAAGGUGUCAUCAAGCAACGUCCCGACCUUGCCGCUGGAGUUGACGAGUACGAACGCCACCACCCACCCAUUGGGACGCCGCACAAGGGAGAAUACAGGUUCACGUUUGGCAAGCAUGUGGGAAAGACAUUGGCAGAAGUGCCCUCUCAGUACAUCUGGUGGCUCAAGAACAACACCACUAUUCCCAAGGACAAACCUGAAUUGGGGGCCGCUAUUCGACAGCUUGAGCGGACUCAGAAGCGUACUCAGACUAAGACACAGAAUCGGAGUCGGCGGAGGGCUUGGUCACCGAUGUGCCCAUGUUGUGAUUGA